ACAACUUUCUUAUGAGGGGUGAAUCCCUUUUAUGUAUAGUCAUCUAAAAAUAUGUAGAGUUUAUUUGUAUUUCUGAUGUUUGUUAUGAUAAAAAGUAUUGAAAACGAACAUCCUUUGCGCGGUGAUAAGGUGGGAUGUUGAUGAGGUGGCCUAGGUGUCGGGCGUCUGGGAAAAAUCGCGUCCGCUCCGUUAGUCGUGUUUGAGACACCGUGGUGUGCGCGUCGUGCAGUUGCUUCGAACGUGGUUAUGUUUGCACAGAACCACUAAAUAUCACACACAAUUGAUACACCGAGUCUAAACCCUUCAAACGAAGAGUUCCUCAUAUGUGGUGAACGCGAUGCAGUGCUGAUCCUAGUUCGAAGAGUGCACAGCCGUCCCUCCAAGGACCUAGGUGGUUCAUCACCGAGGUCGAAGACUAUGGCCAGCGGAGGAGCCCAGGAAACCUGCUCGAAAUGAGAGACGUUAAAGAGCGCACACCAAACAAUUUCUCCAGCUCGAAACUACUUCAGGACUAAGAACCAAACAUCGACGUAACACGUACCAGCCAUAACUGACCAUGCCUUCCACAAAUUUUGAAAACUCGGCGCUGAAGAUGAGCUUCUCGUUGUCUUCGUUGCCGGUGACUGAGACGCCAGAGAAGGGCGCCAUCAAACCGCGCGAAUUCAACAGCUUGAAGAAGAAGCGUAGGGAGUCCCUGAAACGCUUAUCCUGGGGUAGCUCCGCUAGCGAGCACCGGGAUAAGGAUGAAUUUUGGUCCUCGGCCAUCGUCGAAUCCAGCUACAAUUUCAUUAUGGACAAUCAACUGAUCGACAAUUGUCAAGACGCCAAUUGCGAAUUAAGUUCAGAUACAAACAUAUGGUCCAUAAAGGAAUUAGACGCCCACUUUUCCGAACUCUACUCCUGGUUGAAUAGUAUUCAGGAAAAGAUCUACGGCCACGAGGACAACGUCACGGAUAAAACACUCAGAGCUAUAUGCAAAACUAAGCUACUCGAGAAGCAGGAAUUCUACAACAUCUUCAACGAGCAGGGUAACAAGCUGAUCGCUAAGCAUCCGGAACUUAAAGAGAGGCUCAACUGGCACUUGAACUUCCUCGGAAAUAAAUGGGAAGUUCUACAGUCGGUCCUCAAGUCCUCGGACCCUGAGGAGAGCGACACCAUAGACAUCGAAAGGGAAGUGAAGUGUCUGAAGAAUUGGGUUCGGAAUCAGUUCAAGAGCCUGCAGCCCCUCUCGUUCCAAAAACGCUGGAGCCGCAGCGAAAUCGAAACCAAGGCUAUGGAACAUAAGGUAUUUAGACUAACAACUCACUCACUUUAACGGCAAUUUACUAAUUUAUGCAACCAAUCGCUUGCGUCCGCAAAUGCAGCGGUUGCAUAAACCGAGCCGUAUGCAAAUCCGCUUCCCCAUUAAUUAU